GCCACCCUGGAGCCAGCGGCGGCUGCGGAACGCGCAGGUGUGAGCUCGGCGGCCGCUUUACCCCGGUUCCCGGCUGUGGCACAGGGGUCUGCAGAGCUGCGGCGACCUUCGGCUUCCGGCGCUGGGCCGUCGGUGACAGCUGGUCCAUGGCCCCGUCUUCUUUGGCCGUGAGGGCCUCAAGCCCGCCAGUGGCCCCCACUUCAUACGGGGUCUUCUGCAAGGGGCUCUCCCGCACCCUGCUCGCCUUCUUCGAGCUGGCCUGGCAGCUGCGCAUCAACUUCCCCUAUUUCUACGUCGCGGGCUCUGUGAUACUGAACAUCCGCUUGCAGGUACACAUAUAGAGAGCCGUUAGCAAACUGCCAGCAGGAUGGGGGGGCUCCCAGGAGGCCCCGGGGCGCAGCCAAGCUGCUGGGGACGAGCACCGCAAUCUCGCGAGAUUUUGCGGGAGCCUUCCGCGCGUGUGCUCUCCGCUCCGAGCCGUCCCUGAAGUGUGGGGAAAAUCCUGUGGACUUUAGGUAGAGAAGAGAUGAGAUUCCGGAAAGGGAGGCCUUCAGCUAAGACCCACGAAAAUGGUUAAGAAGCUGUGUGUCCUUAAAAUGAAAUCGACAGAUUCCGGGAUAUGAGAAACGGCGCAGAAUGCGUUAUGAAAAAGGAAGGCCAAAGUUUUUCAGUAAAAAAAUGUUAAAUGAACGACAAAUUUAUGGUGUAACUUAAGCAACCAGUGAACUU